GGCUGCCUUUGUUUCUAAAGUUGCGCUCUCUCCAGCCAGAGAGACUGCUUUUAUCAGCUGCUACGCUGCCGCUGUGGUCGCAUGGGUCAACGCUUGGUCUCAGUAGUCCGCCGUGGUCUUAUACUAACAGGUGCGACGCGCAGCAUGGCUGAAUUGGCGGCGUGCGAGCCAUUUUAUGCGGCACCCAGCGGGGGGACGACUGCCGCGUCCUACGCACACCAAGCGCACGCACCGUCCGGCUUCCACGAGUACACAUUAGUAGGAAAGAGAGACGCCGGCCGCGACUCGAAACUGCUCACGUUCGCGCUGCCGGACACAAUGCCGACGCUCGGCGCGAGCGUCAUCUCGGGAGUAAAAGUUAAGCAGGAGGUCGCGGGCGAGGAGCUCGACAAGAGCUAUUCGCCGACGUCGCCGGCCGAACGAACCGAGACCUUCGAUCUUUUGGUGAAGGCCUACGCCCCGCGCAAGGGCGGCGGCCUCGGCGCGUGGCUCUGCGCGCUGGAGCCGGGCCAGAACGCCUCGAUGAAGGUCAAGGGCGCCAAAAAAAUCGUGGACGGCGCGCCGCUCGCGAGGAAUCGCUUCAGGCGGAUCGGGAUGCUGGCGGGCGGGACGGGCGUGGCACCCUUCAUGCACCUCGUCGCCACCCUGCUCGCGGAUCCGGAGGACGCGACGCUGCUGGACCUCGUCGUGUCGCACCGGGAGCCGCAGGACGCGCUCUUGGACGCGGAGCUCGCCGCGCUGGCGGCCGCGAGCGCUGGCCGCCUGCGCGUGCACCACACGUUCUCGCGCGUCACGGAACCCGCGGCGCCGCCGCCGGCCGCGCGCUCGACCGGUGGAACGGUCUUCGCGUCGACGGGCGCCGGCCGCAUCGACGACGCGCUCGCCCGGGCGAUGCUGCCGUCGCCGUCGGAGGACGACGUAUUCAUUCUCGUCUGCGGCACGGACGGCUUUGUGGGCGACAUGGCGGGCCCGAUCGAGCGCGUCUACGACGCCGCCGGCAAGAAGUCCAAGGUCCAGGGGCCCACGUUGGGCGUGCUCGGGCGGCUCGGCUUCCGGCCGGAGCAGGUGUUUAAGCUCUAAGUUUAGG